AUGCGCGCCACCGCGUCGUCGUUCGUGCCAAAGAAAGCGCCGGAUCCAUCCACGGUCGCGGCGGCGGCGGCAGCGACGCCGUUUUACCCCCAGGCACAAGCGCAGCCGGUGGAGUCCUACCCCGAAACGUACGCGGAGCAAGACGGAGAACUCCCGAAGAAAAAGUCCUUCGCGGACCUCGGGUUGGACUCCCUCGGGUUCGUCUCCGAGGACGACGGCGAGGACAACGGCGACGACGCGCCGUCGCCGCUGACGCAGCGGAUACGCGAGCGCGCGGAGCAGCGCGUCGCGAGCGAGAGCGAUGCGUACGCGGCGGAGCAAGCGCGGGGAUAUUACGAGUACCAGCCGAACCAGGAACGUCAGUACGACGACGCGGGGUGGGCGCAUCACCAGCAGUACGUGGGGGAAUACCACCCCCAUCAGCAACAGUACGCGCCGCAGUAUGAGUACUACGGCGGACACGACAACGAUGCGCACCCGGGGGUGAACGAGUACGGGUACGAGCAGGCGUGGGACGGGCACGACGACGGCGGAGAGAUGGACGAGCGGCAGUUCCUAUCGCUUCUCAUGGAGAGCUUCCCCGGGUACAGCCUCGAGAGCCUCGAGGAGCUGCUCGCGGCGAAUAACCACGACAUGGAGAUGACCGUGGAGAUGCUGACGGAGAUGGACACGUUGGAAGAGCCGCCGGAGCCGCCGUCGCUGGACGACGAAUCGAACUUUCCUUCCCUCGGCGGCGGGUCUGGCGGUCCGGAGGCGCCGCCGCCGCCGAUCGAGGUUUUCAGGAGUUUCACGAUAUCCGGCGGGCGAUCGAACAUGCGCUUGCCAUCGCCCGCGGACGCCCCGCGGUUCACCUCCGCGGACGAGAACGGGAACUUCGCCGCGAGGGUGCGGACGCAGAGCGCGGUCCCGCAGGCGCACGACCGAGGCAGCGUGCAGGUUGGGUACGGAACAGGAAACUUCCGCGGCGGGAGCUCCGCGGCGUCGCACCAGCCGUGGGUCGAGACUGGCGAGGCGGUGUCGGACAUCAAGCGACGCAAGCGUACUUGUCCGGGAACAAAGCGCUCGCGAAGGAACUCAGCAGGAAGGGUCGUGGUCACGCCCAAGCGAUGCGAGCCGCGCACGACGAGGCCGCGGUGA